AUGAUCGAACAUGUCCUUCUACUUCACGGUUUCCCAGCUAAAGCUCAAUUUGAAAUCAACGUGAAAGUGGAUGAUGCGACGAUUCUUCAAAUAUACAAUGCUUUGGAAACGGGAAAGAAGAUUUUUGAGGGAAUUCAAACAAAUGCUUCAACUGGAAUACUUACCUACAAAAAGGAACAACGUGCUGAUGGAAAGUUUGUUGAAACAUUUGAGGAUUAUCAUCCAUACAUAUUUCAACAAGCACUUCAACUCCUGUAUCACUCAUAUCCAUCAUUCAGUGCAGCAGUUGAUGAGUUUUAUGCAAAACAGGAGACACAAAAACUGGAACAAAAAGCACUAAACAUUGAAAAGGAGGCGAUCAAAAAGUUGAACAACGUGAAAAAGGACCAAGAGGCUCGGAUUUUGGCAUUGGAAGAAGCAAAACGACAACAGGAAAUUAUGGGAGAAAGGAUCGUUCUUAAUGAAUCACUGAUCGAGCGAGCGUUAAUGGUGAUGAGAACGAUGAUCGCUUCAAGAAGUGAUUGGUCGGCCAUAGAGCAAUUGUGGAAACAAGCUGUACAAUCUGGUGACGAAACGGCAACUCGAAUUGUAAAGUUAGAGUUGGAAAGUAAUCAAUUUGUCAUGCGUCUCGGGGACCCAUUCAAUGAAGAAGAGCCUCUAGUUGAUGUAAAGAUUGAUAUCGCUUUAAAUGCGUAUCAAAAUUCACGCAAGUAUUUUGUUGAUAAAAAGGCUGCUGAUGUGAAAAAAGGAAAAACUAUACAAGCACAAGCAAAGGCAAUUAAGAAUGCUCAAGCGAAAGCAAAAGAUACAAUUGAUUUGGUACGAAUAAAAACAGACGUGGUUAAAAGUCGCAAGCAAUUUUGGUUUGAAAAGUUUGUAUGGUUCAUCUCGUCUGAAGAUUAUAUUGUGAUAGCUGGACGCGACGCUCAACAGAACGAAAUGGUGGUAAAACGCUAUCUUCGCCCUGGUGAUAUCUAUGUCCAUGCCGAUCUUCGUGGAGCGGCUUCAGUGGUGAUCAGGAAUAAAAACGUGAACAAUGAGAUUCCUCCAAAAACGUUGAUUGAGGCAGCACAGUUGGCAAUUUGCUAUUCCGGUGCGUGGGAUUCGAAAGUAAUUUCCAACGCAUGGUGGGUACAUCACGACCAAGUUACGAGAACAGCUCCAACUGGUGAAUAUCUACCAUCCGGCUCAUUCAUGAUUCGUGGAAAGAAGAAUUUUCUUCCCCCAAGUCAACUGGUGCUGGGAUUUGCUCUACUAUUUAAGUUAGAUGAAGACAGCAUUAAACGCCACGAAGGAGAACGCAAUCAGUUCAACAAUGGUGAAGAGGAAACGCCAAAGCAAGAAGAUGAUGAAAACGAAGAUGAAAUUUGCGGAGAAGAGGAAGAUGGUGCAGAAGAUGAAGAAAAUGAGGAGGAGGAGGAAAUGCAAUUCCCGGAUGUUAAUGUUCCGAUUAAUACACUCAGUCUUGCCGACACACAAGAGGAAUAUUCUAUACUUGAGAUUGGUGCAAAAGCAAAUAGACCUGCUCAACUUGUGCGCCCUGAAACGAGAAAAUAUUUGGAAGAUAAACAUCAGGUCGAGGACCUAACAACAAAAUUGAAGCGAGAACAAGCAGCUGCUGCACGACAAAAGAAAAAACAGAAGCUGAUCAAAAAGAAGUAUGCGGAUCAAGACGAAGAGGAAAGGGAACAACGAAUGCAAAUACUUGGAAGUCGAGGACAGCCAAAGAAUGUUCCAGAAAAGAAAGAGGAGCAACCCGUUGUUGAGCAAAAACCACGAAAAGAAACAAAACGCGACACAAUGCCGAAGAAUCCAUCACAAGAAGGAGGAGAUGAAGGAGUAACGGAUGAGAAUGUGGUGAUGAUCGACGAUGUUGUUGAAGAAAAUGUGCUGCAAACGUUGACAGGACGACCGCUUGAAGAGGACACGCUACUUUUUGCUCUUCCAGUUGUCGCACCAUAUAAUACGCUGACAACGUAUAAAUACAAGGUGAAAUUGACCCCUGGAACUGGAAAAAGAGGAAAAGCCGUUAAGUCUGCUCUUGAGUUAUUCAUGCGUACUACAGCAGCUGCCCCACGAGAAGUUGCGUUGAUGAAAGCUCUAAUUGGAGAUGAUUCGGCGUCACGGAAUGUUCCCGGAAAAGUGAAAGUAUCGGCUCCUCAACUCCACGCAAAA